AAAUUGAAACUGAUUUAACAAAAUUAGAAAAUUGGAAAAAAGUAAUUACAGAAUCUUUAGACGAAAAUUUUCUCUCAACAGAUAAAACUAAAGAAAAAUUAAAUCAGAUUAGAAUUGAUAGAAUCAAUUCGUUACAAAAUCAAGAUCAACCUAAAACUAAAAUACCAAAAAGACCAUUAAUACCAACAGAAGAUUCUAUAAUUAGAGAACCUAGUAAAGCAGAUCAAAAAAGAAAUAUUAAUGGCACUCCUGAAUCACAAAUAUUAAAUAUCAUUAAUCAAUAUAGAAAAACAUUAGAUAAUGAUAGUUUAAAAAAGUUUCCAAGAUUAAAAAUCAAACCAGUAUCAGAAAUAAUCAAGAAAAGUUAUGAUAAUAGUAAAAACAAAAAAUCUUUAUUAGACGCAUUAUAUUAUAUAUGGGUUCUUAGAAAAGAUAAAAAAUUUCUUUUAGAGAAUAAAUAUACUAAAAAAAGAAUCGAAGAAACUGAUACUCUAACAAAAGAAUUAAUUAGCUAUCUAUAUGAAGAACAACCAAGAAAAAAAACAAAUGUUUCAACAUAUAGGCUUAAAAAAGAUAAAAUGUAUAAACCUUUAAAAGGAUAUCCUUUUGUAUAUAGAAGAAAGGAAUAUAAUCCAUGGAAUCCACUUUGGAUACCAGAAGAACAACUUGAUAAUAUUCGGAAUAUAGAAUUAAUAAUUGGUGAAUAUAAAGAAUUAUUAUUUGAUAAACUCAGUAUCACUCAAAAAAAUAUCGAUAUCAUUCAGAGUACAUUAUCAGAAAUGAUGGGAUAUUAUAAGACUGAAGAGGAAAAAAAGGAUUUUUUAAAACUAACAGUUGAAGUAUUAGUAAAUGGAAAUAUCGAUGUUGAUGAUAUAGAAGAUGAAUCUAUUAAAAACAUGUAUAAAUCAUUUGAUUUUUAUUUUUAA